GUUCCCAGUUCUUCUCGCUGUCGGUUCUCCCUUCAUUCAUCCUCAUAAUGUCAUCCGGAGACACCGGUGUUCUUCGGAAAGAGGCCGGCCAGGAGGGCCCGAGGAUGCCGGCCUGGAAACGAGAGCUUCUGGAGCGGAGGAAAGCGAAGGGCGGUGGGUCCGGUCCAGGUGCCGACUCCGGCUCCGGCUCCGGCUCAUCUCGGGUCAACGGCGAGCAAACGGGAACGCGCAGAGAUGAUGUGGACGCGGGAGCUCAUUCGAACAGGACGUACACCAUCACGCCUGCAGCUAAACGAAGCGGCACCGGCGGCGGAUCCCCGGUUAUGUCCCCGGUGAAAACAAAAGACCCCUGGUCCGCCAUGGACACCGGUGACACAGCGACAUCGGUCGUGAGAUCGGGAUCGGACAACGGCGAAAGUCUUGUGCUUCAAGAGAGUUUGGGUCCGAUCAAAGAGAACCCGUUCAUCAAACUGGAAAAAGAGCGCAGGAAACGACUGGAGCGAGAAAACGCAUCUCGCCCUGUACAACACAUUUUGGAAUUGUAUGGUGGUGUACCAGGAGUACGGACCAUCCGCGCAGAGAACAUCAUCAUCAUAGAAUCCGAUCCUGACUACUUUUCCGACGGUGGUGCUUUUAAUCAGACGUCCAUGGCACGGCAGAAUGGCACUAUUAGCGAAUACAGCUCCUUGAAUGAUCUGCUGGACCGCAGAGGUAAUCCGGUCACUGAGAUCCGCGCCAAAGAAGUGGUCAUCUACGAUACAGCGCUGAGUAAAAGCGAGGAGAAUUUGAGCACGCUGGGUCGGGGUGAGCUGGCCGACUUGGCGCAGGCCCAGGGCACGGUCAGUCGCAUGCGGGAGAAAUUCGACAUCAAGUACGGCGUGCUGCACAGCAAGUCUCGCAGUUCUGAGAACCUCUUGGAUCUGAGCUCCGGUACACGGACGAGACCCCGUUAUCCGGACGUGGUGCCAAAACGUGUGCCAGGCUCUCCUGUGCGCCUUCCACACUAUAGUCAGCCAGUCUUCUACAGUAGCCAGUCUUCCCCCAAAAGGUCUCCUAAUGGGUCGGAAAGUAGCAGCCCGGUUUCUGGGUCACCUCUGCUGACACCUUCCUACCAACGCCGUAGUGUCAGUGUCAACCCUAGGGAGGACGUCCAGUCCAAACCCGUCAGAGAAAGGGACAGGGACAGUCCUGAUGGGGCGUCCAAAGCCAAGGUGCCAUGCUCUCCAGAGAACCACUAUGCUUCCACCUCUCCUUCAGGGUUGCCAGGAUUUGAGAUCCGGCCUUCGCCGCGUCCUGAACUGUCCACGAUUCCGGCUAACGACACACAGGCUCGUGCUCUUGCCAACCUGCGUUUGCAGUCCCGGAACUCCUUUACGGUCAUCCCCAAGCAACGCCGGGCCCCUUCGGCACCCGGCAGCACCGCGCCCUCCAGCCCCAUCGUGUCACCUGCUCACUCGGUGCCCUCAGUGGAGGUGCCUGCCCUCAGUCCUUCAUCUUCUUUAUCCUCAGAGGACCAAGCACCAGCCAAAAUGGAAGAGAUCCCUCCGGAAAAGCCUGGUUCUCCCAUCUUACCCAUUUCGCCCACUUUACCCAAUGACCACUCGAUCUCCUCGCCCGACGUAGCCACCGAUUCAACACCACCCCCUGCGCCGGAGCCAGCUUUAGAAAAGCUGCCCGUUACGAACAUAGAUGACAUAGUGGUGGGGUCAUCCCAAACCUUCCCAAGUCCUAUGAUGCAAAGGAGGAAGGGCAACACGUUUACAGUCGUCCCCAAGCGUAGGACUGAACCCCAGCCUGUCACGCCUGACGUCCAGGAGCCUGCUCCGGAGCCGCAGGGCUCGCCAUCCUCCUCCGCACAGAGCUCGCCAUCCUCCGGACAGGCACCUUACUCCCAUCUUGGCACUCUGCUGAAAAAGCGUUACCCAGCAGUGGAGGAAAUCGAGGUCAUCGGUGGAUAUCUCUCCUUAGGACGCUCCUGUCUGUCCAAAACAGGCUCCACAGGAAAGAAGCUGAAGAUCUCCUUCAACGAGUCCAGCCUGCACAGCACCUUCGAGUACCCGUCCGAGAGCAGCGUCUGGGACAGCGGGGAGGAGGAAGAAGAGGGACCAGGAGAUGGAGGAGGGGGUGCAGGAAAGGAAGAGGGAGAGAUUGGCUUGGAAGCCAUGCGCAUUCCACGCCCCAGUUACACGUCCAGUCCGACCAAUCACAGCCCCGACAGCUCUGAUCUGUCCAACUACACUCCAAAACACUCUGUGGAGUUCACAGCUUGGCAGGAACAAAAGGUCAAUGACCCUUCACACCUGAACGAUGCCAAUGACCAGCCUGGCAUAUCGGAGGAAGUCAUGUUGACGCCCGCUGACAGCUCAUCCCUCUCGGAUUUCAGCAGUGAACCAGCUCUUUACUUCUGAACCGUCCAGACGACUGGAGCGCAAGGGAGCAAAUGCCAGCCGGGCCAACUCACACACACGCACGAAGUGGAAACAGUAGCAUCUACUCAAAGAAUUCUUCAGUCUUUCCAUUCUCUCUGUUGUUAGUAAAAGACACAGAGAUUAGAGUUUCCAACCUCACAGAUGUCAGUGAAUGUCUCCAUGUGCUACUACAGCUUGACCUGUAGCUGGACCAUCCAAGAUUGUGAGACGUGUAAGACACGUUGGACUAAAACAUGUCAUAAAGGCUCAAAUCGAGCCAUACUGGGUCUCUCUCUCUCUCUCUCUCUCUCUCUCUCUCUCUCUCUCUCUCUCUCUCUCUGUAGCACUGUACACCUCAUAAAAGUGACCAAAUUCCUAACAAGGAAUCUUAGACUCGCCAGAUGUUAAUAAACAAACUCUCACAGUAGAGAAGAGCAUAAAAAAGGCAAACUGUGUCUGAGAAAGUACAUUUACUAAACAGACCGUGUUAAAAGGUGCCACCAUCUUUCAUCUUUGUAAUUUUGUGUACCAGCAACACUC